AUAUCACAUCAUGUUAGUGUUAACUACAUGCAAAGUGAGUCUAAUAGGAUGUACGAUUCUACCAUACAAGGUCGUAAAAACUAACAAUCAUGGAUGUGAAAACAACUUUUUUUGUCGGAAUUGCCCUCGUUGUUUUCUCUAUAUGUGGAUACUCUCAAAAUGUUCCUGAUGAUGUUGUUUAUACUGAGGUCAAGAAGACACUUGUCAACGGAACAACUGGGAUCCUGAGGUGUGCGUUCAGAGGAGAGCCGAACGCUGUCUUCUGGAAAAAAGGGACUGAUCCUGCAAAAUCCCCAUCCGUGAUACUCUUGAGUUACGGUGACCUGUUUGGCCCGAGAUAUGAGGAUGGAAGCUGCGAUAUAGAUGAUAACUACUCUCUGGUCUUCAAAGAAGUUACAGAAAGUGACGCCGGGCGCUACAUCUGUAGAGUUUCCAACUAUAAGGGAAUUCUUAUUUACAAUUUUACUGAUGUAACGAUAAUCAAUACUCCAGUCAAGACGAAAGAUAGCGUAUCAGUUCAGAAGGGUGCCAUCUGUGUAAUACCUUGUCAGAUAGACAUUCGCCACCGGAAGGUCUCCUGGGUUAAGGGUUCAAACGAUACAUUAAUCACAGUGGAAACGUCGCACCAUGCCUUCAAGAGAAGUGGACAUCUUGGAGGUUUUUUCGACAUUACCAAGGAUAAUUCUUUGGUCGUCAAUAAUGUGAAAAUCCUUCAUGAUGGUAGCUACACCUGUCAGGUGACGGACUACGACACAGGCCAUGUAUUUCAGAAUACUACAAGACUCCAUGUCUUUGCUUAUCCUCUGGAGCCGUUUCCUUCGAUCAAAGAGUGUCCAGAAGGACAACAACAUAUUUCAUCUUGUACUCUGCGCAUAGAAGCUGAAACCAUAUUAACUUGUGAAGUUAAGAAGUACUACCCAGAUAUUGAUCUGUACUUCAGGCACGGAACAACGAGAAUUGAUUCCCUGGAAACAACUGUGUGGAACAACACGGAUGGUACAAGAAAUAAAGUUAUCACGAUAGCAACAAAUGGAACAAUCCAAACUAUCUUCGAAUGUGUUGCAUCAGGAAUGGUCGGGGAAGCCGAAGACCGAACAGUGACAGUUCACCUGAUUCGGGAUGGUCAACAGAAUCUAGUUAUAAUAACAAUUGUUGUCCCAAUUAUACUAUUACUUGUAGUCACAAGUGUUGUCAUCACAGUAUAUGUGGUAAAGAGACGGAAUAAACGAAAAUACGACAAGGUCCCAACCAUGGUUAUGGUCUAUAAUCCCCAAAGACAUGAUCUUAUUUCAUACAUUGAGCUGUGGAAAUUGGUGGAGUUUGGUACCAAAAAAGGCAUCAAAGAUGCCAAAUUUGAAGAGGCUCUUAAAAGUCUGAUGCAAGAAAUUUCACUGUCGACCAGUGGAAGCAGAACCUGUUCAAAGACACCAACAGACACUAAUGGAAAUUAUUACGACAGGUUUUGUGACUGGAAAGCUAAUUACGUUGGGAACUCCCAGAAAGAAGCCUGUCUAGAGGCAUGUAGCAAAGCUGGCUUAAAUUCAGUAGUUGGCAAAUUAAGAGACUACUCUGAAUCUACACGAGCUAUAACAUUAGAGGACCUAGAACACACACUGUGGCACAGUACUGCCAACACUGAGAAUAUCAUCGCACUCCUCCAGGGACUUGGAGUGGUGCAUAAACCCCUUGAAGAAAGGAAGGACAAAGAGAAAGGUGUCAUCAAAAACGUGAUGACUUUAUUGAUGCAAUGGAGGGAUACCAACAAUCAUGGAAAUCAAGAAGUGAUGUUAAGCCUGGCACUUGAGGCAAUCAACUACACACCAAGCAAUUUAGAUUUUUUCCGAAUACCUGAUUGCAAGAAAUCUGAACUGGAUGAGAAUGAAAUAAAGGAGCUGCUAAUACCAGACUUGACAUCACGACAUUGCUCAAUUCUGAUCGAUGUCAUGGAGAACUACGAUAAGACCAGUUGGUAUCGUCUGGCAAUCAAAUAUUUUGGUUCAUCUCAGAUAACAGUUUGGAUAGAAAAUGUAAUCGACCAAAAUAGGACAUACCUGUUCGAUAGCCAUCAAAUGUUAAAAGAUUGGUGGUCUGAGCAGAAGUGCAGCAACUACGACAAAAGAUUGAAGCUUCAGCGUGCUGCUGAGAAAGGUGAGAAUUUUAACAUGAUAGUAAUAAUGAUUAUUUUUACCAUUUUUAUUUAUAAGUGAUUAUUAUUAUUGUCAUCAUCAUUAUUAAUAUGAUCACCCUUAUUGCUGUUUCAUAAAUAGUUCUUGAUUUGCAUUUAGAAGUGUUUUUUUAUUACUAUUAACACUGACAUUGUUUUUAAUGCUGUCAUUAAUAGAAUCACCAUCGACAGCAUCGUCACAAUUCUAUAAUUGGCAGAAUUUCAGGUAUGCCAUAGUGAUCUUCACUGCAAUGCCAUUCCUGUAAAAUGAAUAUAACAUUUUUUCUUGUUCAAUGAAUGAUUCCCAUGUCAUGACAUACUUUAUAAAAGAACAUACAUUUGUUUUCCAUGGAGUGUUUACCCCAACAACAAUUAAAAAAAGACCUCCACUAAGACACCAUAACACUGAAAAUUCGUUCUAUAUCGAAUAAAAAAAAAAGCGUGUUUGAUUAGAUAUUCUCUUCUCAUUUUCACAGCAUGAAAGCUAAAUUAAGUAGUCUCUACCCCUUAUGCUGUACACAUCAACACUCUUUACAAUUGCACAAGAGCCAUACAGUUUUAAUUUCUUGGUAGUAUACACACACAUAUAUACACACAUAUUACACACACAC